AUGAAGAGUAACGGCACGUCACGGAUCGACCUCAACGAAGGCACCUCCAAGUAAGUUGAAAUUUCGAAUUUUUGAUUAAAAAACCUUUUAUUUUCUAGAUGAACUGCACCAUUAUGUUUAUUUUGACCUCAUUUUGCCACUUUUACUUUACAACCUUCUUUCCUCCCCCAUGCCCUUCCCAGCCCAAAAGUUUGCCGUUUGAGUUAAUAUUGUUCUAUUCUUGUGCAUCUAAUCCUUGCCUUUUGAACCCUCGCCCUCCCUUCACAAACUUUAAAAUGCAGUUCGAUGUCGGGAAAUGCUAAACCCUACGAGCAGAGAGUUGUACAUGUCCAGUUUGACCGCUAAUAAUCAGCUUUUCGACUUUUUCCGCGCAACUUUCUCUUUGGUCCGCGGUCUCCGCGCCCACCGCGCUCUCUCGUCGCCACAAGGUUAGAGAACCUUAAUUCGUGAUUAGGGCCGUUUGUGAAGUUUUUGCGCGGGAUUACUCAAAUUUUUGACAAAAGAGCAAACAGUUUGUGAUAUUGUGUUAGAUAGUGAUUUACAAUCAGUGAUAAGAGUUUUAUGGGUUUGCGGUCUUGGGAUCUUUUGUUGUAGUAAAAGUUACUGUCAGUCUUUGUAUUUUAAGUGUGACAUCCUGGUCAAAAAGUAACUAGAACUUUAUGUUUUUAUCUUUUAAAAGCUUUUCCUACAAACUUUUUAAUCAUCAUUUCCUCCAUAAUCAGCUCAGUUUGAAAGGAAAUGAUUAUCUCAUUGUAACGUUCCGUGCAGACAGUUAUACGAGACAGAACAAUAGACUUUGGAGUAGUUCAGCAAAAGCAAUUAUGCAGGAAGGAUAACCAAUCGCCUUUCAUAAACAUUCGCGCAAUAAAUAACGAUUCUAAUUAAUUCUCCAACGGUUUAAUUCCGAUCAGGCUUAUUUAACCCAUUUUGCGUUUUUUAUACCUUUUGAACCCUAAUUACUGGUCGGUCGAAAAGUAAAUAGACCAGACAACAAAAGAUACUAUUGUUGUAUUUUAAGAUCUAUUCUAUAGACUUUUUGACCGGAAUUUAGCUAUCUUAGCGGUGCAUAUAAAGGAUAAAAUGACUUUAUUGAAAUCAACCUUAGUAAAGCGGUCAAAAAGUUAAGAGAAACCCAGAAAACCUUCCAUACUCACUGUCUUUUGACAAAUUUCAAAAAAAUGAAAUUUAAAUUUUAAACCCAAAGUAACUUGUAAUUGCAAAUUAUAUGAUGAUAAGAAUGUUUAAAAAAGCUUUUACCUCUUAUCAGAAUCAUUACGACGCCAUUCCAGAACCCCGUUUCCUUACCCUUCGGCGAUUUUCGUACUCUAUUUCCACGUAGAGGCUUUAGUCAUUACUCGUAAAGUUUGUUGGCAAACGUCAAACAUAAGUUUUGAAGAUUUCAAAGCCUUGCACUUUGAGUUGUAUAUUUUGAACAGUUUGAUAACUGAAUUUUGGUUAGAUCUUCAUCUUCAUCAGUCUUUCCUUUAGCAGAAUUUAAUAAAAUAACUGUUUUUAUACCUUGAUAUCUAUACGUUAACGUAAACAAAGCAAAACACGUCUUUCUACAUCACUGUUUAUUAACUAACACUGUUUAACGCCUCGUAUUUUAGUGGCUUCGGUGGCAGAAGCCCUCAGAACACAGGGCCUUCGUACUACUACAGUUCCCAGCCAACUCUAGUGCACACAUCAACAAGGUCCUUGAAUCAACCACCCCCUUCCAACAUACAACCCAUCCACCACACGUCUUCGGCCGCUUCUAGUCCAGCACAGCCAGCCCAGACCUAUCGGACCGUGACCACCACCAAGAUCGACCCUCCACAUCGGUCUGGCACACUGCCUGCCAAUCCAUCAGCUCGUAGAACACCGUCGUUACCUCCAGGAAUGGAGCCACCAUCGUACUACGUGGAGCAUCUGGCUUCGUUCGCCGUAGGCGAAGAACAUGGUCUUACUAGUACUCCAGAUGCCAUCAGGAAGUUGAAGGAAAUGGAGCAGAAGAGCGCCGUCUUCCCUCAGCCUAUGAUUAUGAAGUUGUACCCAGACAGGAUAAGUGUAGAAGAAGAUAACGGUGAAGUCGUGGAGCAGUUCAACAUGGAUCUGGUUACAGAGCCCACAGCACAUCAGUCCAACGACCCUCACGAUGUGUUCAACAACGUGAUACUGUUCACGGUGAAAGAUGACACUCGGAACGGCAGAAGGCCUUUCAUGCCUACUGAAAUGCACAUAUUUCAAGUAAGUUGGACCUUCAAAUUGUGGUUAAAAUAACCUUUUUAUAACAUUCACUGUCUGUUACCUAUUUCAAAAGAGAUGUUUGUCAAUAGCAAUCUUAUUCUAAACACGUUUUUGUACCUCAUUACUCCAAUUUCAGUGUGUGCGAGUGUCAGCCCAAGAUCUGGCCAGUGACAUUUACCAGUUCCUCAGAAGAAGCUACCAUAAGGUGAGGCCAGGAAGGCGAGGGGCUGAGUAUGGUCAGCCGAUCCCUCCCCCAGCUCCCUCAAGUUACUACGAUGGACAUACCUCAAGACGGGAUUAUCGAGAUGACCCCGCAGGCGGUGGAGAGUACUUCGAGAUGGACGUUGUAAGUAAUAACAACAUCUAUAUAAGGAUUACUUUUAAUGACUUUUAUUGUUUUUUUGAUGUUUUAAAAGAUAUUAACUUUAGUUUUAAUGAUUCGCUUUCAGAAUACACUGAACAAGUGUUUUGAUGACAUUGAACGGUUUGUUGCCCGAAUCCAGUCAGCUGCCAUCGCACAACGAGAGUUGGAGUUACAAGCCCAUAAGUUACGAACCAACCAACGCAAGUAUCGUGCUCAUGAAGCCGCGAUAGCAGCACAGCACGGUAUCCUACAAAUGAGAGCUCAACUGCCUACGUAUCAAGAAUUCUACGACGUUUUUCAAAAAUUCAAACUAUGUUUUAACCUUCUUGUAAGUGUUAACCUUAUUCAAAACAUACUUUAGGACUACAUAUGCCUUGUGAACUAUAUCUUAUCCAAAACAUUUUAAUCACGGUUAACAUAUUAAUCAAAUUCGUAUUUUAGGCCAAAUUAAAAAACCAUAUCCGAGAACCGAACGCACCAGAACUACUACACUUUCUGUUCACCCCACUGACCGUCAUCUUCGAUGCUUGCCAUUGGGGGUUAACCAGAAAUGUCGCUCAAGACGUUGUGAGCCCGCUACUGACAUACGAAGCCUGUGACUUGCUACGGAACUGUUUAAUCUCAAAAGAACAAGAAGUUUGGGCGGCUUUAGGGAAGGCAUGGCGAACACCGCCGUAAGUAUAAUUCUAAAUCUUAUAUUGUAAACGAAUUAGCAGUAAUCUUAUUAGACCCUCCGUAAUUCAAAAAUAAUAUACCUUAAAUUCUAUUUAUUCUACAGAGAAGACUGGAACGGUCCACCAGUGCCCCCUUAUCGGCCAAUAUUUAAUACACCGCCUUUUGUGGGUACCUUUGAACCUCCUCCAGCACGAACUCCGAAUGCUAUUCACAGAGGGGCUUCUGCACCCCCUCCACAACAACAGCACUUCGCUCCAUCGUACAGAGCCCCACCACAUCGGGAACGAUCGGUAGAUAAUGUAAGUACAAUAUAAAAUGAUAUGCAUAAAUAUGAAACCUUAAUUUUAAACAGCCUCUUUAUUCAAAACAAAAAAUGGCAUUUUCAGAUUGAUUUGGAAAAAGUAAACCUAGAGAAAGAACGGCUGGAGUUCGAGAAAAUGAAAGUUAGGGACCGUGAGUUGAGGCUACAAGAAGAAGAGCGAAGACUAAAGUAAGUUGACCUAUUAUAAUGAAAUCACUGAUGACUUUAGGCAAGAACAAGCUCGGCUAGAGGCUGAACGAAGGCUACUACACAAAGAAGCCGAAAAACAAUCAAUGGCCGGAUCAGAUCGACCUGAUUUCUACCGACGAGACGAGUAAGUUCAUCAAGAUUUUGUUCUCAUCAAGCCCUUUGUACCGCGUUUGACCAACGUAAAGUAAACUAUAACAUAAUUUUACGAAAAUACUUAUUAGAAGCCACAACAUCUACACCUAUAAGUGCAACUAUAAAAAUAUUAAGUUUUAUUUCUUUCAGUUACUCGACCCACUCCCCUCGAGUAGACAGAAGAACAGCUAGUGUGCAACAACUGAACGGCCAUGCCAGUCCAGUAUCUCCUCGGCCUAACAUCCCUAUUCCAAUACCAGAUCAAAGCCCACGUCAACGAGCUUAUCUGGACGAGCUACUACAUAAGAGAGCUAAGGUAGUACAAGUUACGUACGACCGAGUAGCGCAAAAUGCAAAAGAAUUAACCGUCGACCGUGGUGAAUACCUGGAGGUAAGGUAAUUUUAAAUAUAGAUAUUAAAAGGUCUAAAAAGGUAUUUUAAACUUAGUUCAAAUAACUCGUAUUUUACAACCAUAAAACUAUGAAUUCAGAUUCUGAACGACGCCAAAAACUGGUGGGAAUGUAGAAAUGCCAGCAAUAGAGUCGGCUACGUCCCGCACACCAUCCUGGCUGUAGUUACAGUAGACGAGACAGAGGUAAGAGCACCAUUCUAUUCAACAAAACAUUAAAAGAACCGCAUUCAGAGCCUGCCACAACAAAACCCAGCAGCGCUUCAGCCUGGCUCGGCCAUCAGCCCUCGACCAGGUAUGAUGAUAUCAGAAGACACUCCUGAAUACAUAAAGCAACGUCAAGGCAAACGCGGUGAAUUCCGCUACUUUUGAUUACCCGGGUGCUAAUGAACCUUCAGUUCAGUCCAGAUAUAUCAUGUACUGUCAAUGUAUAAGCUAGAAUUAUAUCGUCCAGAAAUGAUACAUCGAGCUGAACAACCUUUGUUAUAUCACUGUCCGUCCUUUUCCCCGCGACAUCCCCAUAUGCUCAUGUUACUGUAUAAAUCGGCCGAACGACUACUUUCACCCCAAAGUAGUCGUAUCGGCCUGCAAACGCUCAACUAUGUCUACGCUGAAAACUUCUAUUAUGUAAAUUAUUUAUUUGUCAAUUGAUUGUACCAGUAUAAUGUUAUUGUCAGUCCACUUUGCCUCAUUAUUGCCUGAUUCCGUAUGCCUGUUUUUAACCUAUGUGAUAUGUGAUUACGGUAAACUAUUACUUAAAAUGUGCUGUCAAAUUCCAUUCUUUAAAGUAGCUUACAAUACUUUAAAGUAGCUUAUACAACAAUUAACGUAGGUAUAUAGAGAAUAUACAACAAGAUAGAGCAAUUAGACAGCAAACUAUAUUACAGACCUUUACGAACUUAAUGAACCAUCGACAAUAACAACUAAUGAUAACACAUUACUCGACCGUUUACAUUCUGUUAGACUACGUCCAGCUAUCGUAAGUCAGAAAAACACUGAACUAACAAAAUCAAAGGAUAUCUCUCCAUCUGAACCCGAGACUUUCAUCGACAGACCAUCCAAAAAACUGCCAAAGCUGGUAACUGAUGAACAAAGUAAGUUAUCUAACAAUAUGAUAAACUUUACCCUUAAAAUAAUAAAAUUAUACAAACUCAAUCAAUAGUUGCCAACAAUUUGACUCUAUAAACACUAUUUAUAACAGAGUAUGUUCCUGAGAUGGUAGCGACCAUCAAGAGUAACGCUCCUAUCAUCGGCCUGAAGAGAGCAUCUUCAGCUAGAGGACCAAAACUAGGUCCAGAAAGCAAUGUCAAAGACGUACAAUUGUGGCUAGAAUCUAAAGGAUUCAGUGACUUUACACAGAAGGUGUUGAGCAAGUGUAACGGAUCACAUUUAUUCAAAUUGACUAAAGAUUUACUAUUCAAAUAUUGUGGAGAUGAAGGAAACCGUGUCUACAGCUUGGUUUUGGCCCAGAAAAACAGGUGCAAUGUAAGACCUUUAAUUUUUUUAAAUAAUAAUAACCUUAAAAAUUAAUUUCGUUAUAUUAGUUAUUAUGAGCUUGUCGUACAUUGAUCUCUAACCUGUUAUAGCUUGCAAAACAAUAUUUAUUAUAUAUGAGUAAUGUAAUCAAUCAAUUUAGUACGAAAGCCACCGAGGAGACCAACUUAAAGCCUUAUUAGAAAUGAGAAAAGACCAUGUAGAUGAGAACAACGAAGCCGAAGCAGAACCCAGCCUAGAUCCUCCAGAAUCAACAGACGAAAACGGAAACCACAUAUUAUCCACAAUACCCAUCAAACCAGAAACACUUUAUGCCCCAAGCUUUCCAAAAACAUUCUUAAAUCAGCAAACUCCCUAUCACCACGCGCCCACAAUCACACAGAAAAUACCCACAAACAUUCAGCCAGCACAGCUUCAACCUCAAGCAAACAACAAUAAUAAUAUCAACGUUCUUCGAGAGAUAUCACACACAGUUCGUUCUUAUCAUUAA